AUGUUCUCAUCCAUUCUGCGGUCUUUGCCGCGGCUUGGACGGAGAUGGACGCCCCUUGAUUUCUCAAACCCGAACUUCGUUCGUAUACCCGAGUACCACAAGAUUGAAGAAGAGACUCUCCCGGAUUAUACUGCUUCUUGGUACUAUCCUACCCAGAUUGGAGAAGUCAUCCAAGAGCGAUAUCAAGUAGUAGGCAAACUAGGGUUUGGAUCCACCUCCACAGCGUGGCUAGCACGGGACAUGAACCACUGUCAGUAUGUGAUGCUUAAAAUCUUCGUCCGGGCUUCGUCCAUGGGCAACCAAGUGGACGACGAGAUCGAGAUGUACAGACACAUUGAACAAUGCCCAAAAGGUCAUCCAGGCCGUGAUGCGGUCCGGACAUUACUGGAUACAUUCUACAUCAAUGGGCCGGAAGACAGGCACCGGUGUCUUGUCCAUCGCCCACUGUGGGAAAGUGUUUUGACUUUCUUACGCCGCAACCCGGUAGAGCGACUACCCGCAGUAAUCGUAGCAGUCGUUCUUCGGCGGUUGUUUCUGGCGUUGGAUUACCUUCACACGGAGUGCCAAGUCAUCCAUACUGGUUUGCGCACACCUUCCUCUACGUUAUCAUCUAUUGACUACCUUUACCUAGAUAUCAAAGCCGACAACAUCAUGCUAGGCAUCGACGACGAUUCAGUCUUCGGCGACUUCGAACAGAGUGAACUCCAACACCCCGUUCCAAGGAAAGAAGUAGACCCCAACGGGAGAAUCCUCUACAUGUCCCAGGAGCUCAAGAUGCCCAAACCAUUGGGUGCCCCUGUCCUCUGCGACUUUGGCUCCGCAGUUUUCGGCAAUCAGUCCCACACAGAAUUCGUUCAACCCGACAUCUACCGCGCCCCGGAGGUGAUUCUCGGGGCUCCGUGGACGUAUAGUGUCGACAUAUGGAACGUUGGUUGCAUGAUCUGGGAUAUCUACCAAGGCGGCUCCCUGUUCUCCGGCUAUGACCCCGAAUAUCAAAAAUACAGAAGUAGAGCCCACCUCGCUGAAAUAAUUACCCUUCUCGGUCCUCCGCCGUCGAGUCUCCUCACCCAGGGCGGUUUAAGCGACAAAUUCUUCUCCGAUGACGGCAACUUCCGCACCAACUCUCUACUCAAAGAUCCUGUCUCGCUCGAACAGCGAGAAAAUACCCUCGUAGGAGAACCAGAGAGAGAAGCGUUCCUCCGCCUCAUGAGAAAAAUGCUGCAAUGGGAGCCCGGAAAGCGUAGUUCCGCGAAGGAACUCGCGGAGGACGAAUGGAUCCAGCAGUAUCUGUAG